AUGAAGAUGAUUAAGGGUGAGCCAGAGCUCUGCAGGGAUAGUGUCCCAGUUAAUAUGGGAAUUCCUGGGAAGGACUGUGCCCAGCAUGUUAGCUUGAUUGCCCCGGAAGGAGGGACCUGUGAAGUGAUCGCAGCCCACAGGUGUUGUAACAAGAACCGCAUUGAGGAGCGGUCACAAACAGUGAAGUGUUCCUGUCUACCUGGGAAAGUGGCCGGGACAACAAGAAACCGACCUUCCUGUGUGGAUGCCUCCAUAGUGAUUGGGAAAUGGUGGUGUGAGAUGGAGCCCUGCCUAGAAGGAGAAGAAUGCAAGACCCUCCCUGACAAUUCUGGAUGGAUGUGUGCUACAGGCAACAAAAUUAAGACCACACGAAUUCACCCAAGAACCUAACAGAAGCAUUUGUUAUAUAAAUAGGAAAAAGAACAACCUGUGGAAAAUACAUUGUGAGGAUUUAAAAUAUCUUACAUACUUGCAAGCCAAAUGGAUCUCUUAUUUGCACUUUGGUUACCAGAUAAUCACAGUGCACUUACUGUGUGAAACAAAGCAUCCCAAAAGAAGACGACUCUGGAUUUUCUGGCUACGUCAUGGAAAAUGGCUUUUAAAAAAAUGAGUUUUCUCUGUGAAAUUUGGGGGAUCAUGAAGAACAAUCAACCGUCUUCAAUUUGGAACUACCAUUACUUUGUACCAUUUGAAAUAUAUGUAUAUAUAUAAUAUUUUGAAAUAUUAUAUAUUCUCUUCAAGAAAUGAACAGUACCACAGCGUGAGGUGGCUGGUGUAUCCCUUUCCGUUUUGGAUGUUUGGUCAGUUUUAUUUCGUUUGCCAUUCCUUUUUCUCUCAGUGAGGAAGAUACAUGCCCAUGUGAGAAUCCAACAUGGCGCUCUCCCUGGAAGGCCAGCUGCAAGCCAACUCCUGGAAUCUGAGGCAUCCUAACAGUACUGAGUCAAGAGCUUCCCCCUGUUUCUACCCAGUGACCCAAGGAAGCUCCUCGUCUUGGUUUAUUGCUUUCUAUCCUGUGCAAUAUCAGCAUGCAAGCUUGGCUUACAUAACCAUACUUUAUAUUCGAUUGAUAUAUAAUAACCGUUCUAACCUCUUCCAGGAAAAUAUUUUUAGAAGUAUUAGCUUUUCCACAGAUAAGCAAAUGAGGAUUCUUGAGGGAGCUGCUCCACCGUGCUAUUAAGACUCUGGCAGGAUGGUAGGAUGUAGAUCCCUAUAUUAAUAAGUCCUGUAAAUACAGUGUCUUAGGGCUUUGUAUAGCUGUCCUAGACUGCAGAAGUGUCCUCUGAUUAAAUCCAAAGUCUGCCAUUGUUAACUACAUAGUGCUGUAGCAACAAGUUUUAUCAUGACGCCUCUUUCUGUGUUUGAUUUGCAUUUUCCUAGCGUAUUCACAUCUCCUCUGAUGAGAUAGGAAAGCUAUGAAAGCAAUUAGGUUUCACAAUGAUCUAUGUGACCAAGUGUUGGACAGCCCUAUUAAAGUGGUAAAUAACUUCUUUCU